CAUACAACGCGUACCAAUAUUUGAUCGCAUUGCACGUGUCUUGAAAAUUUCCACUAGUUUUAGAACAAAAUUAUAUAUUCUUAAACCUACAGUUACUAUGGAUUCUCCCGAAGAAGCACCGUUGAAAGCAAACUACAAUGCAAAGAAGGAAAGGAAAACUUUGAAAGAGAAAAUAAAAUAUGUAAAAGAUAAUAUUACUGUGGAACCUGUUGUAGCUUGUUUUGUAGUUCCUGGAGUUUUAGCCCGACUGGCAACGCAAAAUCUCAAUUUAGAUAAAGCAUGUCGGGUUAACUUGGGGUACGGCGAUGCUGUAUGCGACUCCUUGCUGGCUAGAGAAAGCAACAAGUAUCUAAAAGAAGAAUUGGCCGUUCAAGAACUUGUGGCGUCAAUGGAAGUUUGGAAGACCUUCAUCGUGACAGCUAUACCAAGCUUUUUAAUAUUAUUCUUAGGCGCAUGGAGCGACAGGACAAGAAAAAGAAAAAUAUGCAUCCUAUUGCCAGUCGUUGGAGAUCUUCUCAUGUGCCUAAGUAAUAUUUUGAGUGUGUAUUUCUUUUAUGAAAUACCGGUGCAGUUAACAAUGUUUCUAGAGGUAAUAUUUCCAGCGAUAACAGGAGGAUGGAUCACAUCUUACAUGGGUAUAUUUAGUUACAUAAGUGAUAUAUCAAGUGUUGAGACGAGGACUUUCCGGAUUGGGGUGACAAAUCUGUGUACAACCGCGGGAGGACCAAUUGCAUCCGCGUUAAGUGGAAUUCUGCUGCAUCAUAUAGGUUAUUAUGGAGUCUUUACAGUAAGCGGUUUACUGUUUUUGUUCAGUAUUUGCUACGGCUUUAUCUUUAUCAAAGACCCUGAACGACCGGUCUCUGAAAAGGAAAUUGAGGAUAAGUCAGCCGGCGUAUGGGGCUCCCUCAAAUCCUUUUUCGACACGAAACACGUGAAAGAUACGUUGGCUGUGGCAUUCAAAAAGGGACCUAAUCACAGACAGACUAAGUCCAUUUUAAUACUGACUUGCAUCGUUCUUAUACACGGACCGUGGUAUGGGGAAUACUCAGUACGUUAUCUGUUUACAAGAUAUCGGUUUAAUUGGGACGCGCUGAAGUACAGUUUCUAUAACACAUUCUACAUCGUGGUGCAUGCUUUAGGUGCGUUGAUCUCAAUAAGCCUAUUCAGUCGCUACCUAAAGUGGGACGAUUCAGUGCUGGGUAUCAUCUCAACUGGCAGCAAAUUUGUGGGCGCCAUAGCCGUUGCCCGCGCCACGACCUCAUUAGAUAUGUAUAUUGCGGUGCUUCUGGAAACUUUCAACGCAACUUCGUUCACAGCAAUGAGAUCCAUCUCAUCUAAACUAGUCACUAGCGAUGAAUUAGGCAAAAUGACAUCAGUAUUCAACCUGACCGAGAUACUGGCGAACAUGAUGUUUGGACCUGUAUACUCCUGGCUCUAUCGAGAGACCCUUUCGGUGGACCCUGGUAUCAUCUAUUACGUCAGUGCUGGUUUCACUAUACCUCCAAUUAUUAUUUUUGUAUGGGUUUUCAUUCAGCACAAAAAAGAUAUUCGUAAAGAGAUGAAAAAGAAAAAUGUAACUACAAAUGCAGAUCCCGGCUUAGAAAUACAAACGAGUGUUUCAUCAACAGGCAGCAUCGAUAAUAAAAUGAGUGAUCAGAAAACAAAUGUGGAAGAAAAACCUUUCAAAGAUAAUCAAAAUGAAUUCAAAACCAAAACGCUUUAUGAGAAAAUAUGUUAUAUCAAAUGUAACGUGACUGUUGAACCAAUAUUCGCUGGACUAGUUAUAGGAUCUAUGCUUUCUAGAAUAGCAAUACAAAACCUUAAUUUGGACAAAACGUGCAGAGUGAAAAAAGAUUAUGGGGAUGUUAUUUGCGAUGCCCUUAUUGAAAGAAAAGGUAACCAUACUGAAGAAGAAGGAGAUAUACAGAAGAUUAUAUCUCAAAUUGAAACCUGGAGGAGCAUAAUACAGACUGCAGUGCCUACCUUGCUUGUGAUUUUCAUGGGUGCUUGGAGUGAUCGGACAGGAAAUAGGAAGAUUUGCAUUCUCUUACCAGUGGUAGGAGAGAUCUUGGUUUGCGCAAGCAAUAUUCUGAGCACUUAUUUUUUCAAUGAGAUUCCUGUAGAAGUGACGAUGUUCCUAGAAUCCAUAUUCCCUGCUAUUACUGGUGGAUGGGUCAUGAUGUAUCUUGGAGUAUUCAGCUACAUAAGUGACAUUACGACGGCAGAAUGCAGGACUUUCAGGGUUGGCUUAGUUAAUCUUUGCAUGACGUGUGGUAUUCUCGUUGGCACUUCGUUAAGUGGAUUCCUCUUGAGGUUUGGAGGAUACUAUGGAGUAUUUUUUACAACAGGAAUCAUACAGUUAGCUAUUGCUGCAUAUGGAUGCAUAUAUUUGGACAAAAAUACUAAACCUGAACAAGAUUCAAAUGAGAAGAAGGACCGUAUAACAGCCAAGUACCUUAUCACGGUGCAGAAAGAGACAGCUUCAGUUGUAACCAGAAAACGGGAGGGGAAUAUCAGAAUGAAGAUCAUAUUAACGCUCAUAGUUGUAGCGAUGGCGUACGGCCCGAACCAUGGAGAAUCAAAGGUGCUAUAUUUGUUUUUGCGCUACCGUCUCAAUUGGGAUGCAGUGAAGUACAGCAUUUAUUCUACGUGCAAUAUCAUCACGCAUUCUAUAGGAGCUCUGUUCUCCAUCAGCGUGUUCAGUAAGCGGUGGGGUUGGGACGACUCCGUGCUCUGUCUCAUUUCCAUCGUCAGCAAGAUGGUCGGCUCCGUCUUCAUUGCAUUUGUCGCCACAGAUGUUCAAAUGUUUAUGGUUCCUCUGGUUGAGAUUCUAAACGCCACUACGUUUACAUCAUUAAGAUCAAUGGCUUCUAAAUUAGUACCCAGUCAAGAAAUGGGGAAAAUGAAUUCUCUCUUCAGUCUCGUGGAAACGCUGGCGGCGUUGGCUUUCGACCCCACCUACACGACGUUGUACGGGGCUACUAUGAAGACAUUCACAGGCGCCGUGUUCCUUUACAGCGCGGGCAACACCUUGCCGGCUAUAUCAAUAUUAAUAUGGUUCUUCAGGCAACAUCGUCAAGAAGUAAAGGAGAAAAAAGCUGAAACAAUAAUCCAGAAACUUGAGGUCAUUUGUGUUCCUGCACCCGAGAAAUCAGUCUGAACCUGAUAUAAGUAGUUGUUCUACCAGUUAGGC